AUGGAGAACACGCCCCUCGUAGCUGACUACGGCUCGGGCGUCAGCAAGGUGGGCUUUUCCGGAAUGGAAGCCCCCCUGGUGGUGUUCCCAACCAUCCUUGGGAAACGGCGGCAUGAUAGUUUGCUGAUAGGAAUGGAAGAGAAAGAUUGGUUCAUCGGGGCUGAAGUGCUGACUAACCGAGGGAAGCUCAACCUGCUAAACCCCAUCUCCCGGGCAACUGUUACUAGCUGGGACAACAUGGAAAAGAUUUGGCAUCACAGCUUCUACCAGAUGCUCCGUGUUGCCCCAGAGCAGCACCCUCUGAUGCUGACAGAACCACCUUUAAGCCCAAGGUCCUACGAAGAGAAAGUGUCACAGAUUAUGUUUGAGACCUUCAACGUACCUGCCCUAUAUAUAGCCAACCAAGGAGUCCUUUCUCUGUACGCCUCUGGCAAAACAACUGGAACAACCAUCGAAUCCGGAGAAGGGAUGACCUACUUUGUGCCCAUCAUUGACGGAUGCCCUUUGCAUCAGUCAACCAUGCAGCUGGACGUCGCUGGCCAAGACCUAACGUUGUACUUCAUGCAACUGCUGACAGAGAGUGGACACUUAUUUGUGAACUCAGAUGACCGGGAGUAUGUCCGGGACAUGAAAGAGAAGCGUUGCUACGUGGCUUUGGACUUUGAAAAAGAGCAGGCGAAAGCCGAGUCGCCUUCCUUCAAGAGGACGUACCAGCUGCCCGAUGGUCAGGAGAUUGACAUCGGCAGGGAGAGGUUCUUCUGCCCCGAGGCACUCUUCAACACCAGCCUCAUAGGGAGGAACACCCUGGGCAUCCACAUGGUUGCCUCCCAGAGCGUCUCCUCCUGCGACCCCGCCCUCUGGAAGAAACUCUUCAGCAACAUGGUGUUGUCAGGUGGAACUGGCUCCUGCUCUGGCUUGCAAUUCCGGCUGCAGAGAGAAAUAUCCGAAGUGGUUUCUGCUUCCGUAAACGUGAAGGUGUCCUCCUGCCCCUACUCCGUAUAUGGCUCUUGGGUUGGGGGCUCCAUCCUCGGCUCGCUCUCUACGUUCAAGGACAUGUGGAUCACCAAGGACGAGUAUAGAGACAUUGGUUCCUCCAUUGUCAUUAGAAGAAGCUUCUGA